AUGGCGAACAUUAAUUGGCCUGGCCUGCUGGCUUGGAGUACAAAGUAUCACGAUGGCACAGCACCAUCACAAUUCAAGCAGAUGAGCGAAGAGGAUAGAAGGUUCUUGGAAAAGGCACUCGAAGAGGCUUUCGGACAGAUAGAGGAUCCAAACCAGGUAAUGCAAGAGGCUGCAGAGCAGCUGCGUUCAGAGUGUCGUAGCGAGGAGAGUGUAUCCACAGCCUUGGAGGUCAUAGAUCGUUGCUGUGACGACCCAGAUUGCGCACGCAAUGCUGAGAAGUUAGAUGUUCUGCAAGCGCUGCUGGACCUGCUCCCAGCCUAUUCGGGCGCAGUCAGAAACAGGACUUUCGAGAUUCUGGCCCUGCUGUUUUCAAACAAUCCAAAUAUCCAGGCUGCUGGCAUGAAGCGUGGAUCUUUGAACAUUUUUUUGCAGAUUGCUGAGGAGAGCAGCGUAGGCUCCGAUGACCGAUCCAAGAGCUUUCGUGCCCUCGUGGCGCUUGUGAGGAACGUCCAGGAGUUUGAGAAAUUUAUGCUUGAACAAGAAGCUGCUCGUCAACUUUUGCUCGCCUGUCUGAGUCCAGAGGAGCUGCCAGGCACAAGAGAGAAGGCAACUUCCUUUGUUCGCUCCCUCGCCGAAAGCGGCAGCUUGCAAGAGGAGAAUGUUGAGCCAUUGGUUGCCGCUAUCUCCAAGCUCUUCGGCCAUUUGGAGGACACUGGUAUCCAGUACAAGGAGACCCUGAGCUCGUGUGCCUUGCAGCUCGCUACAAGCUUUAAGGCGCAGUGCGGCGGGUUGCAGGCAGCAGUGGAAGGGCGGAUUGCAGAGCUGCAAGCAUCCAAGGAUCCAGUGCUUCCCUGGCCAGUUCGCUCCUUUCAAGAACACACCUCGGUGCUAUCCAUGUCCAGCAGGUGUCCAGACUUUGGCACGACUACUCCGUUCAUUUGCCCUCCCGGCACCUUCCGUGAGCCGUCAUUGGGCAAUGGCUCUCAGAGCACGAUCUCCUGUGAGCCCUGCGCAGCGGGCACUUGGUCUCCCUGGCGUGGCACACCGGACUUCUCCUCUUGCGAGCCGUGUCGAAAAGUGCCUGGAACGCUGGUCCUGACAGCAACGAGGCUGAUUCAUCUUGCGAACGCUGCAGGAACGAACGAUGCAGGAACCGGACAAACCGCAAUUGACCUCACUGGAGUGAAAUUUGAACUCACCAAGAAACGACCUGGCUUUGACCAAGCCUUGGUGCGACUGUCAAACCUUUCCGAGCAUUUGGGUGGCAGACUUGUAAUUGAAUUCAUAGAUAUCAUAGAUGAUCAAACCAAGGAUCAACAAGGUCAGACUUCCGUGACUUCGCAGAAAUCGAAUCAGAAAUGGUCAAAUCUCCGGGAGUUUUCAGAGUUGAUGCAGGGCCUACAAGCCAAGGAAGGCAAGGAAGGCAAAGACAGGGAGGCUGAACAGGCUGAGAGCUCCCUAGCAAAGAUACACUCAGUGAUGUCGUCAGAGCUCAGUAAGCAGUACGUCUAUUUAGUAAAGCAGGCAGCUGUGAUGACGCCUGAGAAGUUCAUAGAGAUUCAUUCCAGGGAGAUCGCAGAAAAUUCUCCACUACCUGAAGCUCCUUCACUGGACUUGGCCCCCUUGCGAGUUGUUGCAGCUGCACAGCGCAAUCAGCGAGAAACAGGAAGGGUCAGCCAGGUAUCUGAAGCUGACAAGGCUGCAAUAUUCAAAGAGCUUCCCGCAUUGAGUCAACUGUUCAGUGCUGCAGUCCCAUCAAUGAUGACGGAGCCUCAAUUCUGGGAGCGCUGUUUGAAGAGUCGCUACUUCUUGAGUGCUGCUGGACACCAAGUGCCUCAUGCUCAUCCUGAAGAUCGGCUCUUCGACUCAUUGCCCAUGCCAGUCAAACCUGACCUCAAGGACAAGGAUCGUGGGCCUGGGCAUCCUGAAGCCGACCUCACAGGAGAGUUUGAGCGUGAUAAGCUGACAGAUAAGCUGAACCAACGAAGUUCUGCCAGUUCUGCCAAUCUCAUCAGCCGUUUGAAUGAACGCAGUGCAGGCAUUCUGUCACAGGAGGCCAGAUCUCAGACAGAGGAUAAACUUGCAGUGCACGUGGAAAAGAGACGUGCAAUGCUCCGAAAUGCGGCGCAAACAUUUCAAGAUGACUUGGCUGCAGAGCCGGGCAUUUCAAGAGCCAAGCCGCAACGGCUACAGCUAAAGCCAGAGGCUGGCUCUUUACUGCCACAAAAACGGACAGAGGAAAGUGACCGAUCAACUUUGAAGCCGUUGAAGCGCCAAAAUUUGACGCGCGCGCCAAGCGGCGGAAGCAUUUCUGAAUCCGGAGCCAGAUGGGUCUUGAAGUCAUCGCUGGAUGAAUUGUUGAAGGCUGAACGGCUCACUGAGACAGAGAACGCGAAGGCUGAGUCUGCUCAGGUUGCAGGGGCGAUGGCUUUGCUUCAGCACAUUUGGUCCAGCAGGUGCACCGAGGCGGAUCUUCGCGCGAAGUUGUGUCAAGAAGCUAAGAGGCUUCUCAAUGACCUUGAGAAAGUUGAGAAAGACAAAGUGACUUCGGAAACGGCACGGAUGGCACGGUCACUGCUUCCGUCCCUGCGCCGGGCAGUGGCAUUGGUUGAGACGUGGCAACCUUUCGACCAAGAAAAAAGAUGUGGUGAAAUCGUCUAG